AUGAAGAUGAAAUAAUUUCUCGAGUGCGAAUAUGCGCUUUCAAAUCGCAUAAAAUGUGCAACAUGUCACACUGUGAUAUACAAGCAUGAUCUCAAGAUUGGACACAUAUUUUUGAGGAAAGAUGAAGGCUAGCAAUUUGAUAAGAAGGUAUGGUAUCAUGUCGAUUGCGUUAAAAAAUGGCCUACUGGGGAAAAAGGCUAAGAAUUACCCCUCUUUAGGUUACAAUCACUCAAGGCCGAAGACCAACUAAGAAUCAAGGAAUUAUACAGAUCUUUGCAAGAGAAACCUAAAAGUAAAAAGGAAAUCAAAGUCCUAUCUAAGCAAGAACAAUAUGAGAAGUAUGUGACUGUGAAGAAUCUUAACGACCCAGGCCAAAUCGAAGAGGACGAUGAUUGCAUUAUGUUGUGA